AUGGACACCUCCUACCCGCGGGAGGACCCCCUGCCUGCUCCGCCGCACAAGCGGCAGCCCUCGGCCCCCGCCCCCGGCUCGCCCAUGCCCCGCGACCACCUCCUCUGGUCAGUCUUCAACACCCUCUACAUGAACUUCUGCUGCCUCGGUUUCGUGGCGCUCGCCUUCUCCGUCAAGGCAAGGGACCGUAAAGUGUCCGGGGACGUGGAGGCUGCUCGCCAGCUCAGCUCCAAGGCACGGUGCUACAACGCCCUGGCCACUGCAGGCAGCGUGGUGCUGCCCCUGCUGCUGGCUGCCCUGGUCAUCACCGGUGCCAUCCACCUCUCCAAGCUCACCCAGGAGUCCAUCAGCUUCUUCGCCUAUCAGUUCAGCGGUGCCAACGAGGAGGACAAGUGA